UCAUAUCUCCUCUACCAUCAUGAUCCGAAUCUUCUUUGUUCUUCUCGCUACUCUCCUCAUUCUCACCGAUGCAUGUGGAUCUAGUGGUGCAUGUGGUUGCUGUGGUUGCCGAGCAAAAGCAAAGGCGAGAGCUGCAAAACGAGUUAGUGGAGAUUUGGUUCAAGAGUUUGAUGGAAAGGAUGAUGGAAAUAUUUUUGGACUCAAAGUCUGGAAUGAUACGAAAACUCCAAUCACUGAAAAGAGCAUUCAGUUGUUGACAAAUCCUAACCACUUGUUCCAUGUAUGCUGUGAGGAACGACAGUUGCCUCCCGCAUGUGUUCAGAAAUGCCAUUUUAAUGUUUAUAACAAAGGAGUGCUGGAAUCAAUGUUCUUUGGUUCAAGUGAAUGCCCGAUUGAAUUCCUGCCAGAAAUGCAAUUUUGUGCGGCUCAAGGAAAAGAUCAUAGCCAGUGUUGCUCACAAAGUCAGGUGGAUGCAACGACGGCUGGAAGUAAAUGUCUAACCUUCUGCGAUCAAACACCCGAUCUCUACACUCCAAUUGAUUACAGCUAUGCGCCUUGCCUAGACAGGUUCGAGGACAUGAAACGAUGCUUCUAUGAUAAUGUGAAGUCGGAUGCAAUCACACAUUUCGAGGCGAAAAAGAGUUUGCAGGAUAAGAGUACAUCUUAUUAAUUGUUUUUGAUUUUAUAUUUACUUAACUUGAGAUUUCGAAAUAAAAUGUGCGAUUUCGCAAUACCCA